UUUUUUUAUUUUUUUUUGUUUCCCUUUUCAUGAAACACAGAACAAAUUACUGAACCGGAGAAAACCUCAGCAGAAAACACACACACACAGAGAUGAUUCGAAAAUGGUGCUCGAGGCUCCGGCUGGCGGCAGCUAUUAAUUCCAUCCCUAAGGCCCACCACCAUCACCACCGUCAACCCAUCAUUCCCAGUCGCCUUCUUCAUACUUGUCCCAAUUUUCCCCAGGCACCCCGCAUUUUCUCCCAAUCACUAAUUUCCCCCAAUUUCAAGCCUCUUCUCAGUAGCCCUCCCUUUCCGCAGCUAUGUCACUCUCCAAUCGCUCUGACCCAAGUGCGGUAUAUCACUGCCAAGCAGAGGAAAAGGAAGUUGAAGAGUAGGAAGCCAAUGACCCCUGUAGUUUCUAAAGUCAAGAAAAUCAAAAUCAAAGGCUACUCGUCAUUUAAAGGCAGAUUCAGGGUAAUGAAUGAUGGGCAGAUCAGGCGCUGGAAGGAGGGGAAAAGGCAUAAUGCAUUCUCAAAGUCCAAGAAGUCCAAACGUCGCCUCAGACAACCUGGCGUAGUCCCCUUGGCUUAUGCCAAAGUGAUGAAGAAGCUCAACUUUUGCUAUUAAGUCAAGAGACUAUAUGCUCUGCAUUUUAGAACGAUCUCAACACCAAAUUUCUCGCAGAAGACUUCUUGUGAGUUUCUGUUGAUAAGAAGAUUUUAAUAGUUGAAUUAUCAUAUGUGUUUUCUAGCUGAUCUGAUCUUUGAGAGGUCAAACAUUUUGUCAAAUGCCUAUUUUGGGGACAAUUAUGAUGCCUUUUACUGUUUUCUCACUGCUCAAUCUUUGUUUUUGUGGCAAAUAAAUGCUUAUAUAUUCUCCUGAUGACAUCAACAAGAUCUCAUUUUUCAGUUGCUCACUUGGUUAGGUAAAUCUUAUAUUUGCUGUACUAUUUCCAGACCACAUUAUUUUUUUACCGAAG